AUGGAGCAGGAAUGUUCUCUCAAACGUGAGCAUCGACUCAACGAUGCGCCAAUCGACGAGGACUCAGUUGCGAGUUCAGUUUUCUCCACCCCCACGCGCACUAGUGUUGAUGAAGUCCGCCUUGAAAAACCAAUAAUCAGCACCAACGAUGAAGAUCACGAACCUGGAUUUUGGGCUGCGAUGGUAGCCAAGAACGAAUGGUCAAUCGGCAAAGGAGACUACGAGAAAGAAGGCACUUUCCUUAACAAAAUGCUUGCUUUGAAACCCAUUCGCGAGCCAGUCUUACGAUGUGCCAAAGAAACCCCGAAAACGCCACGGAUUCAAUCCUGGCUCAAAAUUUUGAAUAGUUGGGACGGUCCCAAGUUCAACUUGGAACUGAGUAGGCGCAAAGCAAGAGUGGAAGCUAUCCAUUUACAAGCAAAGGGACAGGUAGUUCGUGGGGAAUUGGCUUGCUUCGGUUGCAAAAAUGGGUUUGGAAACUUUGCAUCUUGUGUCGUAUACGAUACGGAGCAUGAGAAAUCAGCCUGUGCAAACUGCUGUUGGGUGGAACACCCGUGUGGCUCUGACAGAACGUUAGAAUACAAAAUACAAAAAAGGAAACACGCAUUUUCACUCCAACAGGCGAAAUAUGCUGCAGAAUUUGCAGAAUCGACAGACUUGGCAGAAUCGACGGACUUGGCAGACUUGCUAAGACUCGAAAGGGCGAGACAACUUGCAGAAGCGGUAGAAUCGCUCAGACUCCGAAUGGCGGAACAUGAUGCAGAAAUGGCAGAAACUGCAGAAAUGAUCAGUCGGAUGAGGUCCUUGAGAGUCAACGAAGAUUCAAACGAGACAUCAGAUUGA